AUGCGCCGUACAUACCAUGACCUUUGGGCUGGAGAAGAAGGUCGAAUUCCCGCAGCUCACAUUGAACACUGCUUAGAUUCCUUACGGCAAGAUAUUAUGUGCAAGGCCGACGAUACUCCUAUGCCCUCUCGGAAGCUUUACAAUGGUGGCGGUGAGGGACAAAUGAUGCAGUGCAAGGAUUUCGAUAAGCUGGUCGCUUGGACACAAGCACCAGAGCGCAAUGCCUGCUAUAAGCGAUUGACGGACUAUCAGAAAAUUGUGCACAGUGUUGAGCGAUAUGCAUUCUGUCCUCGAGAUAGUGAACAUUAUGACGCGAUGGACCAGUACUUUCAGGAACAUGGUCACUAUGCCGAUCCAUUUAGCGAUGUGAUGAUCACCAUUGGCCAAACUCAGGAACAGACUUCCACCCCUGACCUGGUCGAUUUUACCGAGGAUGACCCUUCAAAUCCCUUGAACUGGUCGACAACAUAUAAAUGGUUCAUAGUGGUAUUGACCGCUUGUCUAUCCACAAUUGUCCAACUGUGUACCAUCAUAGCAGCGCCCGUGUCACCAUCCAUAUUGGCUCAUUUCAACUCCGAUAACACCCUCUAUCGCACCCUCAUCGUUUCAAUCUGGGAGCUCGGCGAGAUCAUAGCUCCUUUGAUAUGGGGUCCACUGUCCGAACAAUAUGGCCGCCAAUGGGUUCUCCACGUCGCCAAUUUCCUUUUCGUUGCCUUUCUCGUAGGCACAUCCCUAAGUACCAACAUCCAAAUGAUCAUCGCCUUCCGCUUCCUUAGCGGAGCAGCAACCGCCGCAUCACCCGUCGGACCUGGGAUCGUCAAGGACUUAUUUGCCGAAGAGCAUCGUGGACGUGCAAUGUCCAUCAUGUCUCUUACCGGUGCACUGGGUCCAGUCAUUGGCCCGAUCAUUGGGUCUUACCUGGGUGAACGAGCCGGGUGGCGAUGGGCUUUUUGGCUGCCGACCAUUGUAUCCGGAACUCUGUCAUUGCUUCUUUUCGCUUUCUAUCGGGAGACAUAUAAGGUCACAAUUCUUCAGCGUAGAGCUAAGCAGCUUGUGCGAGAGACAGGAAACACUGCUCUCCGAUCGAAAUAUGACAAUUCCAAUGAGACGACAACCCAGAGAUUACUCCGGACAGCUAUCCGGCCUCUCCGUUUACUGUUCCGAUUCCCUGUGCUCGCUUUGAUCACGAUUUACAUCAGCGCCGUAUAUGGAUUCACGUACCUGAUCAUGACGACAAUCGCUCCGGUAUUCCAAGAAAAUUAUCACUUCUCCGAAGGUGCAUCUGGGCUCAGCUUCCUAGGUCUUUGUCUGGGACUGGUCUUCGGGGCACUCUUAUGCAGCUGGGCUCUCGAUCGCUACCUUCGCAUGGUCCGAGAUCGACAUAAUGGACAAGAGCCUUCACCAGAACAGCGCUUGCCGCCCGUUUUCCUUGCAUGUUUUCUAAUGUGUGGUGGGUUUCUACUCUUCGGGUGGACAGUCCGUUACCAUAUCCAAUAUGUUGUACCCAUUAUCGGAACCGGAAUGAUUGGGUUCGCGCUCGCUGUUACGACAAUUUCCGUGCAAACCUAUAUCAUUGAUUCAUUUGGAAUCUAUGCUACCAGUGCGAUCAGCGCAAUGCUGAUGCCUCGAAAUGCAACAGCGGCGUUUUUGCCCCUAGUUGGUCCGCCCAUGUUUUCUGCGCUGGGGCAUGGUUGGGGUGGAACACUAGUUGGGUUUUUAGUGUUGAUGUUUGCGCCGAUGCCGCUUCUGCUGAUGCGGUAUAGCAAAAAGUUGAAGGCGAUCGGUGAUCAGACCAUUGUGGACUAG